AUUCAUGAGCUCAGCCCUCGCUGUAGUAGGAUUCGCGCUGUCUCUUUCCGGAGGUGUUCCGCAGGCGGUAGUGAUCCCGCAGCGGCGCGGAGGUGAGCGAGCGUGAGAGCGACUCUGUCAGCAGCAUCAUGGCGGAGCAGAGCGACUCCCCGGCGGCCGUCCAAACCCCGCAGCCGGCGCUCACCACCAGCUGGCCCAUUGUCAAGGAGGCGUACGAGCUCCAGGAGGUGAUCGGUAGCGGAGCCACAGCAGUCGUCCAGGCAGCGCUUUGUAGCCCUCGACAGGAGCGUGUGGCCAUCAAGAGAAUCAACCUGGAGAAAUGCCAGACCAGCAUGGAUGAGCUGUUGAAAGAGAUUCAAGCCAUGAGCCAGUGUAACCAUCCCAACGUGGUCACCUACUACACUUCAUUUGUUGUGAAGGAUGAACUUUGGCUGGUCAUGAAGCUCCUGAGUGGAGGAUCAGUGUUAGACAUCAUAAAGCACACAUUCAGCAAAGGAGAGCAUAAAAACGGUGUCCUAGAUGAAUCUACAAUAGCAACCAUAUUGAAGGAAGUCCUUGAGGGAUUAGAUUAUCUACACAAAAAUGGACAGAUUCACAGGGACGUGAAGGCUGGUAAUAUUCUACUGGGAGAAGAUGGAUCGGUGCAGAUCGCAGAUUUUGGUGUGAGUGCUUUUCUGGCCACUGGUGGAGACGUCACUAGACACAAAGUGAGGAAAACGUUUGUAGGGACCCCGUGCUGGAUGGCUCCAGAGGUGAUGGAGCAGGUGCGGGGUUACGACUUCAAAGCUGACAUUUGGAGUUUCGGAAUCACUGCCAUUGAAUUGGCGACAGGCUCUGCGCCGUAUCAUCGCUACCCCCCUAUGAAGGUUUUAAUGCUCACGCUGCAGAAUGAUCCUCCAACCGUGGAGACUGGGGUUGAGGACAAAGAGAUGCUUAAGAAGUAUGGGAAAUCUUUUAGAAAGCUUAUAUCCUUGUGCCUUCAGAAGGACCCUGCCAAGAGGCCCACUGCAGCCGAGCUUUUGAAAUGUAAAUUUUUCCAAAAGGCUAAGAAUCGAGAGUACUUGAUUGAAAAGCUGCUUACUAAAGGACCAAAUAUAAGCCAAAGAGCCAAAAAGGUCAGAAGGGUUCCAGGGUCGAGUGGUCAUCUGCACAAGACCGAGGAUGGAGACUGGGAGUGGAGUGAUGACGAAAUGGAUGUGAUAAGUGAGGAGGGGAAGGCUGCUGUCAAUCACGGAAGGUCACGCAGGGUCAAAGACGAAAACCAGCACGGUGAAGUGAACGCUAACAGUCUCCCGCUAGAGAACCUGUCCAUUCAGCAUCCCCAGGUUCAACCGUUGGAGAAACCCUCGAGCGCUCAGGGAGCGGUGAACAUGGUCCUGAGGUUAAGGAACUCAAGGAAGGAGUUGAAUGACAUACGGUUUGAAUUCACUCCAGGGCAAGACACUGCUGAUGGAGUUUCUCAGGAGCUCUUCUCUGCUGGUCUGGUCAAUGGUCAUGAUGUGGUUGUGGUGGCUGCUAACCUACAGAAGAUUGUAGAAGACCCAGUUACCUAUAAAGUAUUGACCUUUAAGUUGGCGUCUGGUUGUGACAGCACAGAGAUCCCAGAUGAGGUGAAGUUGAUUGGCUUCGCCCAGUUGAGCGUCAUCUGAUAGCAUCUCAUUACCACAGCAGAGGGAGAGCAGGAGGACGGAGAGAGUGAACGCUGCUACCGCAUUCAAAACUCCCACCUCCUGCUCCCAUUCAGGUUUUCCUUUUCCUCCCGAAUCACCUGCCCUCUUCCGUGAAUGUUUGCACCUGUUCAAUCAAACACAGCACUCUUAUUCAAACACACACUCGCCCCUCGUUCCCAGACGCUGUAUGCCUUUCACCAAAAGGUGAAGUCCCAGAAUUCAAAGCAGGAGCUCAUUAUCUCAGGAGGCAAUAGCUAGUGAAACAAAACUUAUUAUUUUUUAAAUUAUUAUUAUAAUUAUGAUUGUUAUUGUGUUACCUCUUAGCUCUUACCAUGUUGUUAUUAUUUUAAAAAAUGCCUUUUAUUUCACACAAGAGUAGCGCAGAUCAUAGACCACAAAACUGAAGUGGAGACGUCUCCCUCUGAAUGUAAAAAGCACAUUUUCAUUCUGAAGGUUAACGCAUUCAAACUGUAUUGUACAUAGACCUUCUGAUGUGUAAAUUAAGGGAAUAUUUUGUUGUUUUAGUUCCAGCUCAAAGAGUACGAGAGCAGAGAACCGAAUGCUGCCAUGUGCAAACGUACUGCUUUCUUUUUUCGGGACAGUGUUGAUGCUUCGACGCUAGAGGUGCCUUGUUUUUGUUUAAUCCGUGCCUAAGAAACGUAGGUUACAGGCUUGAAGCCGUUCGGCUGCCGCUGAGCGGGAAGAACGCUGCUUGUCUGCAGAUUUGCUCAUAGUAUUCUCAGCGGCCGGUGGCUCGCGUUGAAGUUAACAGCUGAUGCACUUUGAUUUCAUGUGGUGCGAUGUACCUGCACCUGCGACGCUUACACCCUAACUAUCCACGUUUAACCCGUUAAAGCUGACAAACAAGCUCAUCGCUACCACAACACACACCUUAAUCCUGAUGUAUCGUAUUCACAAGACGAGCGAUGGUUACGCGUCAUUUUUACAGCACUCGAAUGUGUUUGUUUUUGAGCCCAGAAUGCAUCUGUCUAUCAGCGAAUGUGAAGUAUUUCGUAAAGGAAACCAAAUGUCUACAGAAAAGCCAUCUGUGUGUCCAAAACGAGUAUAGUAGCUUGAAUUAAAUUAUUCUGUUCUCAGCCCAAAUGUAAAUAAAUACUAAAUACUUUAUUAUUAUUAAGUUGAAUUGUGUUUUCUAUGUACCAUGCGUGUUCCCUCCCUACUAUUCAUCCUUUCUGUAAUCAGCAAAGAUAUAAACUUUCUGCGAAGGUACAACAAAUAAAACUGAACUGCUACUAUUGAA